GUAUCUACCCUUUCUUUUACUUUUUAAUUUCUCUUCAUCAUAUCAUAUCAUCUAUUCCUUUUUAUUUUGUUUAUUGCUUCUUUAGAAAACACAUAUUUACAUUUCUUCUCCUUCUUUUUUUAAUAUAAUGAUCAUAGUUUAUAUAUCUAAUUAGAAGAAACAAUGGAAGUCUCAAAAAAGAAGGUUAGAAAUUAUUUACCUAGUGAUGUUUCUUUUGAUAUUUUAUCUAAAUUGUCUGUGAAAGCUUUGAAGCGGUUUACUUGUGUAUGCAAGAUUUGGGCUAAUUUAUUUGAAAAUCCCCAAUUUAUCAACAUGUAUCGCAUAAACUUAUUCUCAUCUAAAUACAAUGAUUGUCAUAAUUCCCACCUGCUCCUAAAGCAGACUCCUAAUUAUGGGGAAUUUGAUGACAAUGAUAAUAUAUUUUUAUUUUCUGGUGAAACAUUUGAUAAUAAAGUCAAGUUAAAUUGGCCGCGUCCAUUUGAAGUGUAUCGAGAAUGUAUUUUUAUUAUUGGUUCUAUAGUUAAUGGCAUACUAUGUCUAUGUCAAGGCAAUGGACUGGGAGACCCUAGCUCGUUUAACACAAAAGUAGUAUUGUGGAACCCGUCCACAGAGGAAUUUAAGCUCAUUCCUUGUGGUUCUUUUAAAAGUACAUUUCUUAAAGCAUUUCCAACCAAUACUGUGUUUGAAGAUCUACGGGAUAUUACUAUCUGUGUUAACAUUCAUGGUUUUGGUUAUGACCCUAUCACAGAUGACUACAAGUUGAUUCGAUUUUUUUAUUCUAUUGACAAUAUUAAGUUUGGGCAUGAUCCAAAUAAUUGUAUAAAUGAUGAGACCUUAUGGCAGAUAUAUAGUCUAAAAAGUAACUGUUGGAGGGAUCUUCAAGUCAAAAUGCCAACUAAUUUUUUGAAUGAAUAUUGGCAAAACACAGGUGAUUCAAUGUACUUUAAUGGGAUGUGUCAUUGGUGGGGCUAUGAAGAUUAUCACAAAGAAGAGGUGUUAGUAUCAUUUAACUUUAGUGAUGAAGUCUUUAUUACAACACACACCAACCCUAAUUAUUGUGGAUUUGUUAAACACGUGAUGGUGUUAAAAGAUUGCAUUUCUAUGAUCGAAUAUAAUAACUUUUUUAAUCUUUAUAUAUCAGUUUUGGGUGAGAUUGGUGUGUCAGAAUCAUGGACGAGACUUUUUAGAAUUGGACCCCUACAAGAUUUUAUAAAACCUAUUGGAGUUGGAAAGAAUGGUGAUAUAUUCUUCAAUAGAGGUGGAAAUAUUGAAAGGUUUAAUUUAAAUACAUGUAUGAUUGAAGAUAUUGGUUUUAAAGGAAAGAUUCAAAGUUGUCAAAUGGUUAUUUAUGACAAUAGUAUUCUUCCUAUCGGUUGAAUACAAAGUUAAUCGUUUCUCUUAGCUUAAAGCUUAUUCUAAGAGAUUUAAGAGUAUGUUUAUUAAUGAAUUGUAAACUUUCCAUGUCUUGUGUAGAAAAGGUAUUUCAAUAUAUUUCAAAGUUGUGAUUAUAA